GGAACAUGAAAUGCUGCAUAAAGGUGUCUUGGUUAUGAAUGUGUGUGGGAGCAAAGGAGAAGUAUGUGCCUUGCUCUCCUGACCCACAGGAAGAGACCAGCAGCCUUUGUGAGCGUUUGCUAGCUGACCAUGUCCCAGCAAGGGUAUUUGUUGUCGCAGGGAGCCUGACUCAUUUGAAGUGGUUACCCCUCCUGGAGAAGAGCUUGCUGCUUCCUUGUACAAAUUGAUCUCCUGCUGGGAAUCGAGUCGUUCCACCUCAGGCUCACAAUAACAUUGGCUCUUUUCCGCAUUGUUUGACUGCUAGGGACAUAUUGAUAUGAUCUCCUGCAAGGAGAGGCUUGGUUGAAAUACGGAUUAAGAGGGAAACCGAGCAGAUUGCAGGGUAUUAAUGACUUGUUCGCAUUCCUGGGGCAGUAGGCAGGAGAAAAGAAGUCAGGCUGCUGUGACUGCAGAAGAAUGUUUGCUUUGUGAUCCCGACGCCUGCUCGGGGCUGCUGCAGGGACCCGGUCACAGCGAAGCGCGGGGCUGUGGCCACGGCACGGGAGAGAUCAUCGAUGACCUCACUAACCUGGUGGAAAACACAGAUGACAAGCUUCGCACCCAGACGCGGCACGUGAAGAUGGUGGACAAGAAAUCAACGUCCUGUGGAAAUGCUCACAUUUUUCAGCCAAGAAAUCCUAGUAACAGGCAAACAGAGGUCCAGCAGUCAGGUCUGGAGAAACAACGAAAUGAAGGUCAGUUAAUAUUGCUGUUAUUCUCUUUCCCGGUGGCCAUGACAGCAGGGGUGGUUUAUUUGAAGAUCCCAGACUCGGAGUCAUUGCCUGCAUUGUUGGUCCCCCGAGCGCUGGAGGCUGUGCCAACACUUGGGGAUAUUAAUGUAUUCUGCAGAUCAGUGAAUGAAGAAUUCCUCCGCACUCCUUUCUUCCAAAAAAAAAGGAGAAAAAGAAAAAAAAAUCCUCUUCUCUCCCUUCCCCCCUUCCUCCCCACACUUUGUUUGCAGUGGCUUUGUCUGCGGGAUGUUGCUGGGCAUUCCUAAUGAGCAGGGGAGGAAUUGUGAUGGGGGCCGGGCCGGUGGGCACAGUUCCUGCUUCCAGUACCCACGGUGAAGCUGCUGUAGGGUGCUCAGGUGUGCGGCAGCUUUCGCCCUGGCAGAGUUUGGCCAUGGAAAUAGCCAAAGAGGGGAAGGAAAAGGCUCGUUUUGGGCCCGUGAAGCUCCCUGAUUUGCUUCCUUCAAGGAGAAAGUUGUUCCCCGUCACCCCCCGCGCAGGACGCGAUGCCUCAGUGCUUCUUUAGUAUUCAUCCCAGAGCCGUGGCCGCAGCCAUCUCCCGCCUCACCCCGAGCAGCUGCUCAAAAGGACAAAAUCAAAGCAAUUCCUGCUCCUGGUGACUUACUGCCAGGGAAUAACUGGGUUCUGUCUGAGAGGAACAUAGAGCAUCCCCGUCCCAGCGAUGGAAAAAGCACAGGGUAGCUGGGGCUUGGUGGGACAAGUCUGCAGAGACUCUUGUGGGUUCAGUGGGAAUAAAAGCUGGUUUCGUGAAGAGACACUUGUCCAGUAAUAGUGCAGUGGAUUGGGGAAAGGCGCCUGAGCAGUUUUUAUAUAUUCUUGUUCCAUAGCAGGAAUUGUACUUAGAUAUUUUUUUAAUACGUUCUUUGAUCACUCAUGGAAAUGUUAAUAAGACAAAAACUGCUAAAAAGCUCUCGAGACACUGCCCUGCUUUGCAGAAGGGUGGACUGAAACGCAGACCCUCUGGAGGGCUUCUGACGCACAAGCAGCCCCUUUGUUUCCUCCUCUAUAACCCAGAGACAUGUCUAAAAUUGGAGGGAAGAUGAGAGGAGGCUGAAGAGGCCGGGCUGGAAUCACGGCAUUCCCCAUUUACAAGAGAAGAAUCGCCCAUCGGCUCUUCAGGCCGUGGUUUGAUGGGCAGAGCAAUGCCUG